AUGGAAAAGCUUGGAUGAAAAUGCUUAAUGAAUCUUAUGGUGAUUUAUUUGAAUUAUAUAUUGGAAAUAAUCGUGUGAUUAACAUUUGUAAAGCUGAAUAUAUGGAAAAGUUAUUUAUAUCUUCAUCAAAAAAUAACAAGUUUCCACAUAGAUUUGGUCAUUCCGAAGGACUUAAAGAGUUAGGAGAUAAUGAUGUUGGAUUAAUAGGAAAUGCAAAUCUUGAAUGUUGGAAAUCUAGUAGACUUUUUUUUAAUUCAAUGCUUCUUCCAAGUUUUUGUGAAAGAGCUUGUGACGCGGUGAACAGGUUAUGGAAAGAAAUGGAAAGUAAUUGGUCAUCUUAUUAUAAUGAUUCGAAAAAUGAAUUUGAAAUCGAUAUGACAGAAUGGAUUCGCAAAUUUACUGCCAGUAUGACAUUCGAAUUAAAUUUGGGCAUUAAAACGUCCUUGAUUCAAGAAAAUAAAAAUUUGAUAAGUAUGCUUGAUAUGUACUUGACUUCUCUUGAAUGGUUUCUUAUUCACCCUUAUUGGAUGAGACAUUAUAUACCAUUCAUGCGUGCCCAUACAAAAAGGCUCCUAAAGAAUAGGGAUGAUUUAUUUGACAUUAUUUCGAAAAUUAUCAAUGAACGAAGAAAAGAAAUUGAAAACUCGUUGAUUAAUAAAGAUGGAAAAGCUGAACAAAUGAAUGAUAUGCUUUCGAUGAUGAUAAUAUCUAAUACAUCUCUCAUUGUCGAUAAUUCUGCUGAUGAUUUAAGCCCCGGACGGAAAUUUGGGUCUAUUAUGGUUAAAGGAAUGAUGACAAUGUUAUACAGAAAAUAUGACGUUGAGUUAGUGUGUGAAGAAGAUAUAAAAUAUUAUAGAGAUUAUCUUCUCGCUUAUUAUCAAAAUUUUGUUACAAAACUUAAACCUAGAAAUGAUCAAAAUUCAUAA